AUGGCGCUGGGAAGCUUCAUCAAGAGCGCGAGCGCCGACGGCAGCGGCAGCGGCAACCGGGCCAGCACCGAUGCCAUGGGUAGCGGCGGACGCUUCUGGGGUGGCAGCGGCAAGAAGAAGCUGGGCUCAAACGACUUCACCAUGCGCGAGCGCACCGUCGGCGAGGAGCGCGAGGGCAGCGUCACCAACGGCACGUCGACCGAGUACCGCACCUACAAGCGACGCUGGUUCGGCCUCGUCCAGCUGACCCUCAUGAACAUUGUUGUCUCCUGGGACUGGCUCACCUUCGCCCCCGUCGCCGACAACGCGGCCACCUACUACAACGUCUCCAAGUCCACCAUCAACUGGAUCAGCACCGCCUUCUUCCUCGCCUUCGUCGCCAUCUUCCCCCUCACCAUCGCCGUCCUGCACCGCGGGCCCAAGCUGGCUUUCAUGGUUGCCGCCGUCCUCAUCCUCGUCGGCAACUGGGUGCGCUAUGCCGGUUCCACGAGCACCUCGGGCGGCCACAUCGCCCACGUCAUGGCCGGCGAGAUCCUCAUCGGCUUCGCCCAGCCCUUCAUUCUCGCCGCCCCGACCCGCUACUCUGACCUGUGGUUCACCAACCGUGGCCGCGUCGCGGCCACCGCCGUCACCAGCCUUGCGAACCCCCUGGGCGGCGCCCUGGGCCAGCUCAUCAACCCGCUCUGGGUCAAAGGGCCCGGGGACAUCUCCAAGAUGGUCCUCUACGUCUCCAUCAUUUCGACCGUCUGCAGCGUCCCGGCCUUCUUCGUCCCCGCCGCGCCGCCCACCCCCGUCGGCCCCUCGGCCGAGACGCCCAAGCUCCGCCUCCGCGAGUCCGUUGGCGUCGUGACGCGCUCGCCCGAGCUCUGGCUCGUCCUCGUCCCCUUCUUCAUCUUCGUCGGCUUCUUCAACUCCAUCUCGUCGCUCCUCAACCAGAUGAUGGUGCCCUACGGCUUCACCGACGACGAGGCCGGCAUCGGCGGCGCCGUUCUCAUCCUCGUCGGCCUCGUCGCCGCCGCCAUCUCCUCGCCCAUCCUCGACCGCACAAAGGCCUUCCUCCUCGCCCUCAAGCUUUUCAUCCCCGUCAUCGGCCUCUGCUACCUCGUCUUCAUCUGGAUGCCCGAGACGCGCUCUAUCGCGGGACCCUACGUCGUCCUCGCGGCUCUCGGCGCCUCCUCCUUCGCCCUCGUCCCCGUCGCCCUCGAAUUCCUCAUCGAGCUCAGCCACCCACUCAGCCCCGAGGUCACCUCCACCACCGCCUGGGCCGGCGGCCAGCUCUUUGGCGCCAUCUUCGUCAUCGUCAGCGACGCUCUCACCGACGGCGACGACGCCGACCCGCCCCGCAACAUGAAGCGCGCCCUUAUCUUCCAGGCCGUUAUUGCCCUCGUCGUCUGCCCCCUACCCCUCGCCCUCGGCCUGUUUGGUCGCCGCGACAAGGUCGUUCUGCGCCGCGUCCGCUCCGACGAGCAGGGCAGAGAGGGCCACGUCGUCUCCGCCGCCACCGCAGCGACGACACAAGAGCAGGCGUAG